AUGAAUAUAAAAAAUAAAAUUUUAUUAUUUUUAAUAAUUAUACUUUCAAUAAAAUUAGUACAGGCUUCUAUAAUUGAAGAAAUUGUUUUUGAAAACAGAUUUUCAAAAAAAUAUGCAUCAGCAACAACUUGUGAAUUUAGAUAUAAAGUUUUGUGUGUGGAAGAAUCUCCUGAGGAUGAUUGUGACAAUUUAGAAUUUAAUGAACCACAAUAUGUUAAAUUGGGUGACAAAAUUAGUAAUGGAACAGCAACAGUUAUCGAUAUUACUUUAAACACACCAAUUGGCAAUUAUUCCAAUACAAUCAAUUCAACAUUUACUUUUAAAAGCGAGUGUUUAGAGCUUGAUUUAAAUAGCAUUUCUUUUAAACCAUUUGGUGAUGCUUAUUAUAAACCAUUAUUAGAUUUCAAUUGUAAUAUGUACCUCAGAUUAUAUAAAAUGGAAGGUGAUUUUGAUCCACAGGCUUCUCUAGAAAAUAUUAGUUUCUACUCUACUUAUUAUUUUUAUAACAUACUAGGGACUAAUUUUUUUGAAUUAAGAGUAGUAAUUUUACAAAUGGCUCCUCUUUCUCCAAUAAGUGUACAAAUUACAAGUAAUAAUAAUGUAAAAGAUUUUGUAUUGGAACCAAUUGGUAAAGGUAUUUUCGAUAAAGUUUAUGAUAUUAAAACAUAUCCAGAUGUUAAAUAUUUAAAUAGUUUAGAAACAUUUGGUUAUAAUGAAGGUGCAGUUAUCGAAUUCAAACUAAACAACUCUGUUUAUUCAAGUUUAUUUGAGAUAAAUGUUAACGAUCAAUUAUAUUAUACCCAAUUCAAACCAAUUUAUGGUGACAAACAUAGUACAACUUUUUUGUAUGCACCAUCGACCUAUGAUUCUAUGACACAUUAUAGUAUUUACUAUAUUAACAAUGGGGAAGUUAAAAAAUCAAACUAUUCAAUUGAUGCAAAAAUGAAUUCAUAUAAAAUUCAAAAUCUACCAUCUACUGGAGAAUUAGAUGAAUAUAAAGGAGGUUUACUGACAAUAGCAUAUGGAUUUAAUGAUAUUCAAUUAUAUGAUUUUGGUCCAAUUAUUGUUGAUUUGGACGAAGAAAAAAUAGAAACUAGAUUUCCAUUCGGAUAUUCCUCAACAGCCAAUGGAUAUAGAUUUUAUAUAAACUCUAUUGUUAAAAGUGGAUAUCAUUCUUGGCAAGUUGGAUAUGUUUCAUUAAAAUCAAGAGUAUUUCCACAACAAGUGAUUUCUUCAAAUUAUAAUUUCAAUGAAAUUGGAAAUAUUAACGGCCCAAAAAUUUUAGAUUUUGAAAUAAUUCAUUUGGAAAAAGAAAUGUAUUUACUAAGAUUAGAAAUUAGUGCACAAAACUCACUUUAUUAUAUUAAAGAUAAAACUAAUAAUAGAAAUUACUAUGGAGUGGAAGUUUUGGUUUCAGGAGAUUUAAAUCAAGGUAUAUACGAAAUUAUUCUGGAUGUCUCUCUUAGUCACUUGGAGAUAUAUGAUGAAUUUAAGAAUGUUGAAAUUUUAGAAGUUGAUAAGGUUAUUAGCACUACCAAAGGAUUUAAACCUUUUAUUAAUCCAUAUGAAAUAGAAAAUUUUAAUUUCCAAUCAAUAAAACAGGUUUCAUUUUUAUAUAAUGAUAUUGAUAUUUCAAAUCACAGACACCAUAAUGUAUUGUACUUUAAUAGCUCGGAAAUACCAAAAGAUAGAUCUGUUGGGCUUAUAAUUCGUGAUGCAACAAUUCUUAGCAACCCUGUUUAUACUUCAUACACCUAUGUGAAUAUAUUCUAUUCAAGAUAUAAUGAAGAUUUAAAACUAUUUGAAUUAGAGUUUUAUGUAGAAUAUUUACAAGGACCAAUAUUUAAGGAUAUAAAAAAAAUAUCACCAAUAACUAUUGAUAAAAACAAUAACAUUGGUCAAAUUGGGUGGAGUAUCAGUAUUGAAGAUCCAAUAAAUGGUUUCGAAUCAGGAUAUGUAACAAUUAGAGGUGAAGUUGACCAGUCUAUUUAUAACAUAACAUUCACAGCAAAAGAUGUAAAAGAAGGCGGUGAUGAAUUCUUGGGUGAAUAUGAUUUUAUAAUCAAAAUUUCAUACCCUUGUAUAAGUCAAAAUUACAAAAUUAGCGAGGUUGGUUUAUAUGAUAAAAUCAAAAGAUUUUCAUAUUUUUCAUUAACAUCUCCAAAUCCAGUAUCAGCAACUCUAAACCCAUUUAUGUACUUUUUAAAUGAACCAAGUAUUAAUAAAGUCUUCCUUACAUGCAAAAGUGAUGAAAUAGCCUCAUUAGACACAACUCCACCAGUAUUAAAUUCACUAACAGUAUCAUCUCAAACAAUUGAUGUUGGAAGUAAAGAUAGAGCAUUUACUAUUAGUUUUACAGCAUCAGAUCCUGAAAGUGGUUUAAAGAAUAAUACAUAUCCAAUAACAAGCUUUACAUUAAAUACAGUUUUAUUAUCUCAUGGUUUGAUUACAGAAAAAGGUGGAGAUUUAUGGAUUUUUGGUCAAAAUUUAAAUGGAAAUUCAGAAGCAUAUAUUACCUAUAGCGAUGGUAAAACUGAAACUAAAAUCCCAUCACUUUAUUAUUCAACAGCACUUCUAAUUAAAAAUGUGAAAGCAACUGAUAAACCAUAUAGUGUAUAUAUCAAAAAAUCAUCAUUAGACUCCAAUAUAUUAGAGAUUAAACCAACUGUUUAUGACUUUUAUAUUCCAUUGAAUAAAAAAGAUAGUUCAGAUACCCCAACUACUCCAAUUCCAACCAAUGCACCUCAAACAUGUUUAGGUAAUCCAGUUUGUGGUGGCCCAUCACAUGGUACAUGUGUCGAAAAUAAAGGUUGUUUAUGUAUUUCACCAUGGUUUGGUAAAGAUUGCUCAUCACAAAUUGUAAUUGUCGACCCACCAGCUAUUGGAGGUAAUAACACUGGUCCAUCAAUCGAGAUUACUGUACCAGAUAAAAACUCUACAAAUCCUGUUACUUAUUCUUCGUUAAUUUCGAUUGUUGCUUUAAAAGAAACUAAUAUUAACGGUGAAACUGUAAAAUUUUAUCCAUUUGAAGAUACUUGGACCUCAAUAGAAACUGAACCAUACACAUACGAUUUUUAUAAUAAAUUAAACACAACUAACAACAAAAAUGAUAUCAUCGUAACAAAUGUAAAAGUAACCUUAAAAUGGUUUGUUAAUAAAACAACUGUUAUAUUUGCAAAUGAAGAGUUAACCAUGAACCCAUCAACUCUAAAAUAUACAAUUGAAAUCUUAGAAUAUCCUUUCGGGAGUGCCUUAAAUGGACUAGAGUUAAUCAUGUCAGCACAAUUUAACUCAAGUACAUCCGAUGGUGUAUGUUCAUCAAAAGAAUUUGGUGAAACUGCAGGAGGUGAUAACUCUAACUAUCUAAAGAUUAAAGUUAAAGACUAUUCAUUAUAUGGUAGAUUUAUUAGAAGAGGUAUCGUUGAUUCAACAGUUCUUUCGAUUUCAAAUGAUUUAUUGGAUUCUAGUAUGAAAGCAAUUACCAAACCAUCUUCAGUCCAAUCAUAUAUUGGUUUAAAAAUUCCAUUCUAUACCAAAAAGGUUAUCCUCGAUCCUGUUGAUCAAUACUCUGCAUCAUCAAUUUGUGCAAAUAAAUCAUUAAGUGCUGGUAAAAUUGCUGGUAUUGUGAUAGGUGGCUCAGCUUUUGUCAUUGUAGUUGCUAUAUUACAGGCUUCUAUAAUUGAAGAAAUUGUUUUUGAAAACAGAUUUUCAAAAAAAUAUGCAUCAGCAACAACUUGUGAAUUUAGAUAUAAAGUUUUGUGUGUGGAAGAAUCUCCUGAGGAUGAUUGUGACAAUUUAGAAUUUAAUGAACCACAAUAUGUUAAAUUGGGUGACAAAAUUAGUAAUGGAACAGCAACAGUUAUCGAUAUUACUUUAAACACACCAAUUGGCAAUUAUUCCAAUACAAUCAAUUCAACAUUUACUUUUAAAAGCGAGUGUUUAGGGACUAAUUUUUUUGAAUUAAGAGCAGUAAUUUUACAAAUGGCUCCUCUUUCUCCAAUAAGUGUACAAAUUACAAGUAAUAAUAAUGUAAAAGAUUUUGUAUUGGAACCAAUUGGUAAAGGUAUUUUCGAUAAAGUUUAUGAUAUUAAAACAUAUCCAGAUGUUAAAUAUUUAAAUAGUUUAGAAACUUUUGGUUAUAAUGAAGGUGCAGUUAUCGAAUUCAAACUAAACAACUCUGUUUAUUCAAGUUUAUUUGAGAUAAAUGUUAACGAUCAAUUAUAUUAUACCCAAUUCAAACCAAUUUAUGGUGACGAACAUAGUACAACUUUUUUGUAUGCACCAUCGACCUAUGAUGCUAUGACACAUUAUAGUAUUUACUAUAUUAACAAUGGGGAAGUUAAAAAAUCAAACUAUUCGAUUGAUGCAAAAAUGAAUUCAUAUAAAAUUCAAAAUCUACCAUCUACUGGAGAAUUAGAUGAAUAUAAAGGAGGUUUAAUGACAAUAGCAUAUGGAUUUAAUGAUAUUCAAUUAUAUGAUUUUGGUCCAAUUAUUGUUGAUUUGGACGAAGAAAAAAUAGAAACUAGAUUUCCAUUCGGAUAUUCCUCAACAACCAAUGGAUAUAGAUUUUAUAUAAACUCUAUUGUUAAAAGUGGAUAUUUUUCUUUGCAGUUUGGAUAUAUUUCAUUAAAAUCAAGAGUAUUUCCACAACAAGUGAUUUCUUCAAAUUAUAAUUUCAAUGAAAUUGGAAAUAUUAACGGCCCAAAAAUUAUAGAUUUUGAAGUAAUUCAUUUGGAAAAAGAAAUGUAUUUACUAAGAUUAGAAAUUAGUGCACAAAACUCACUUUAUUAUAUUAAAGAUAAAACUAAUAAUAGAAAUUACUAUGGAGUUGAAGUUUUGGUUUCAGGAGAUUUAAAUCAAGGUAUAUACGAAAUUAUUCUGGAUAUCCCUCUUAUUCACUUGGAGAUAUAUGAUGAGUUUAAGAAUGUUGAAAUUUUAGGAGCUGAUAAGGUUAUUAGCACUACCAAAGGAUUUAAACCUUUUAUUAAUCCAUAUGAAACAAAAAAUUUUAAUUUCCAAUCAAUAAAACAAGUUUCAUUUUUAUAUAAUGAUAUUGAUAUUUCAAAUCACAGACACCAUAAUGUAUUGUACUUUAAUAGCUCGGAAAUACCAAAAGAUAGAUCUGUUGGGCUUAUAAUACGUGAUGCAACAAUUCUUAGCAACCCUGUUUAUACUUCAUCCACUUAUGUGAAUAUAUUCUAUUCAAGAUAUAAUGAAGAUUUAAAACUAUUCGAAUUGGAGUUUUAUGUAGAAUGUAAUACACAACUAAAUGAAUUUAAUUUUGAUUUAUAUAUUUCAAAUAUUGCUAUCACUUAUCAAGCUUUAGAUACAAAAUUAAAAAUUAAAAAAUCAAAUUUAGAUUUACAAGGACCAAUAUUUAAGGAUAUAAAAAAAAUAUCACCAAUAACUAUUGAUAAAAACAAUAACAUUGGUCAAAUUGGGUGGAGUAUCAGUAUUGAAGAUCCAAUAAAUGGUUUCGAAUCAGGAUAUGUAACAAUUAGAGGUGAAGUUGACCAGUCUAUUUAUAACAUAACAUUCACGGCAAAAGAUGUAAAAGCAGGUGGUGAUGAAUUCUUGGGUGAAUAUGACUUUAUAAUCAAAAUUUCAUACCCUUGUAUAAGUCAAAAUUACAAAAUUAGCGAGGUUGGUUUAUAUGAUAAAAUCAAAAGAUUUUCAUAUUUUUCAAUAACAUCUCCAAAUCCAUUAUCAGCAACUUUAAACCCAUUUAUGUACUUUUUAAAUGAAUCAAUUAUUAAUAAAGUCUUCCUUACAUGCAAAAGUGAUGAAAUAGCCUCAUUAGACACAACUCCACCAGUAUUAAAUUCACUAACAGUAUCAUCUCAAACAAUUGAUGUUGGAAGUAAAGAUAGAGCAUUUACUAUUAGUUUUACAGCAUCAGAUCCUGAAAGUGGUUUAAAGAAUAAUACAUAUCCAAUUGUCUAUUUAAGUACUUCAAACAAUAGAAUUAUUGAAUGUAUAUCUUCUAUUAUUUCGAUUGAUAACCAAAAGGCUUCUUAUUCAUGCACAUUACAAAUACCAUUCGGUUUUGGUUACAAAGAUAAUAUUAUUAUAUCAGUUUACGGUUUUGUCAAUAAUAAUGGUUUAUUUAAUGGCUAUUCUACCAAUGAUCUUAUGGAUCUAAAACUAAAUUUAGGUUUAGAUAUAGUUUAUAAUAUUAGAACAAGCUUUACAUUAAAUACAAUUUUAUUAUCUCAUGGUUUGAUUACAGAAAAAGGUGGAGAUUUAUGGAUUUUUGGUCAAGAUUUAAAUGGAAAUUCAGAAGUCCAUAUUACAUAUAGCGAUGGUAAAACUGAAACUAAAAUCCCAUCACUUUAUUAUUCAACAGCUCUUCUAAUUAAAAAUGUGAAAGCAACUGAUAAACCAUAUAGUGUAUAUAUCAAAAAAUCAUCAUUAGACUCCAAUAUAUUAGAGAUUAAACCAACUGUUUAUGACUUUUAUAUUCCAUUGAAUAAAAAAGAUAGUUCAGAUACCCCAACUACUCCAAUUCCAACCAAUGCACCUCAAACAUGUUUAGGUAAUCCAGUUUGUGGUGGCCCAUCACAUGGUACAUGUGUCGAAAAUAAAGGUUGUUUAUGUAUUUCACCAUGGUUUGGUAAAGAUUGCUCAUCACAAAUUGUAACUGUCGACCCACCAGCUAUUGGAGGUAAUAACUCUGGCCCAUCAAUCGAGAUUACUGUACCAGAUAAAAACUCUACAAAUCCUGUUACUUAUUCUUCGUUAAUUUCGAUUGUUGCUUUAAAAGAAACUAAUAUUAAUGGUGAAACUGUAAAACUUUAUCCAUUUGAAGAUACUUGGACCUCAAUAGAAACUGAACCAUACACAUACGAUUUUUAUAAUAAAUUAAACACAACUAACAACAAAAACGAUAUCAUCGUAACAAAUGUAAAAGUAACCUUAAAAUGGUUUGUUAAUAAAACAACCGUUAUAUUUGCAAAUGAAGAGUUAACCAUGAACCCAUCAACUCUAAAAUAUACAAUUGAAAUCUUAGAAUAUCCUUUCGACAGUACCUUAAACGGACUAGAGUUAAUCAUGUCAGCACAAUUUAACUCAAGUACAUCCAAUGGUGUAUGUUCAUCAAAAGAAUUUGGUGAAACUGCAGGAGGUGAUAACUCUAACUAUCUAAAGAUUAAAGUUAAAGAUUAUUCAUUAUAUGGUAGAUUUGUUAGAAGAGGUAUCGUUGAUUCAAAUGUUCGUUCAAUUUCUAAUGUUUUAUUAGAUUCUAGUAUGAAAGCAAUUACCAAACCAUCUUCAGUCCAAUCAUAUAUUGGUUUAAAAAUUCCAUUCUAUACCAAAAAGGUUAUCCUCGAUCCUGGUAAGUAG